CUCCACGCCAAAAAUUUAUCAAGUAUUUAAAUAUUUAACUACAUAUUAAUAUCAACAAACGAACCCGGGGGACGCUAUUUUCUCCUUGUCCCUCAUGCUAAUGGCUGUUUACUGGGCCCUAUAGUAACCCUCUAACUUCCAUACUGUCUAAACAAAUAUACCUUCGUGGAGGCGCUUUCAAACUGCACCAGUUGAUCCGUCAAAACACGCCCCGAAACCUACCUCGUCUGCCCCAGCCAUGCCGAAGGUCAUCGACUACUCUCCUCCCUGGCUGUCUAGGCCAUCACCAGGAGCUACGUUCUUUUUAAGUUCUAGGUCAGAGCGCCCAUCACAAGCAAAUCGCAUUUCGAAAAGCAAAGAUGCUAGUGACACGCGCGAGCAGCGUUAUCUUGGACCCAAGCGGACUUUGGCGAGAAGGGGGACGGAAGUCUUCGCGGUCGUGGAUAACCAGAUUCGGUGGUCUAACCUUUCUACUUUGGAGAAUGAAUGGCAAGCUGAAGUGCGGCAAAAGAGAAAGGGGACAGAGCGGGGACGGGAAACGGAGAGGAGCCCGUCGCAGGAAGAAGAAAGCUGCCUGGGACAUGCUGCGGAUGAGGAGGCGCCUUUCUACAGAGUUCUCACGGUGCCAGUAUACGGUCAGAUAACACAACUUGUCCCUUCUCCAAAUGGUAAUUUCCUGGCCAUUAUCACGCCGCAUACCGUCCACAUCGCAAUAUUACCAGAUUCUUCCCACCUCUCGGGCCCCGAUCACUCGCCGCUCCGGCUUAAGACGUUUCAACUAGGCCCUACGACCCAUGUUAUUCCCGAGGCCCCUGUAAUAACUGCCCUGUGGCAUCCGUUGGGGAUAUGCGAUAACCAAGGCGGCUGUCUCAUUACGGUCACCCAAGAUGCCGCAGUGCGAGUAUGGGAGAUUGACAGGAAUAACCAUUGGUCAUUUGAUAGGCCAACGGUAGCCGUUGAUUUGAAAAAAUUGGCAGAUGGAACAUCAAUGGACGAGGACUUUGCGCCAUCUGGAUUUGGGCAAAACAAGGGAUUUUCAGCCGAUUUCUUCGAUAUGGAAGUUGCUUCAGCUUGCUUUGGAGGUCAUGGCUACGAGGAUGAAGAUGCAUGGGCACCAAUGACUCUCUGGGUUGCAAUGCGACCGGGAUAUAUCUAUGCAUUGUGUCCACUGCUACCGUCAAAGUGGCAGGUCCCCUCAAUUACGAUACCGUCUUUGACGGCGUCCAUUAUCCAUAAAUUGGCCAGUGUACAGGGUGAUCAUCCUUCUGAAUUUGACGACGACCAGAUGGCUAUCCAGCAACAGUAUGAAUGGCUUGCAGAAAUUGAUAAUCAAGAGCCUCUACCCCUUCCUGAAGACACUGGGCUUUCUUCAAUGGCUGAAGUUCGUGCUCGCCCAGCGAAUCCCAGUGCAAUACCAAGACUACAGGGCCCAUUUCAGUUUGACCUUGGAGAGGAAGUGGAUGAAUUGGAUCUCACUGAUAUUUUGGUUAUCGCCGCCAAGGCCGAUGUCGAAGAUUUGAUGUUAGGAGAAGACGGCUAUCCACUUGAAGAGAGCCCUCGGGAGGGUGUAUCAGCAACUAUAAUAUGCGUUGCUACGACAACUGGCAGAGUUCAUGUUUGUCUUGAGCUAGAUGGCGUUGAGGGUCAAUGGCUUCCCAAGACAAAUAAGGGGGGCUUUACAACUCCGGUGUCUUAUCCAUCUGAUCUGCUAUUGCUAGAAUCUUUAGAGACGGUUAGGGAGAAACACCAAACUCCAAACUCCUGGCCACUAUUCACCGAGGAUGUCCACUCUCGAUACAACUUCUUCCUCACCUCAGCGAACAAUGUUACUUUCUUCUCACUGUUGUCUUGGGCCGAAAGACUCGAAGCAGAACUUCAGUCACCCGACCCCGCCGGUUCAGGAUUCCGCGUUAAGGUUCUAUGCGAUGGAUCGAUGGCACUACGGGAACAAAUCGUUCAAGUAACUGAUCACGAAUCGGUGACUACUACCACAAAUCAGUCGCAACCGGAGCAUCUCCCAAGCUCCCUAGUUCUUCACGACUACGAUAUAGGUUAUCUAUUGUUGACAAACUCCGCGUCCCGUAUCUAUGCCGUCAUUCUCGAUUCACCAUCCUAUGACCCAUUAUCAUUAACAAGCGAACUUGCUUCCUUCGAAGCCGACGUCACCCACCAGCCAUCACUUGUUGCUCCCCGUCGUUCAGUGUACCAACCCCCAUCAGCAUUCUAUUCCCUGCCCCCGCUAGCCUCCUUUAUCGAAGAUGUAGUUCCACACGGCCACAGGCACACUCUCAAGGAACCCGUCCGGCUCUCGCCAUCAACAUUAGAUCUCAUUACCGCGGCCCACAGAAUCCUAAGCGCCCACACCAGUUCCCUCGAGCGAGCCGCCUCGGAUCUUUUCCGCCGCUGCGAACGGUUACAAGGCGAAAUGCAGGACCAGUUAAGCCAACUCGCAGAGAUAGCGGAGCGGAUCAACAACAUAUCCGAUGGCAUUGGGCAAGACUCCGAAGGAACACGUAAUGGAGACGAGAAGCGGCCCCUAAAUUCAAGGAUGACAGCGGCAGAAUCUCGACAGAAGCUGCUAGUGGAACGGUACAAUAAUAUCCGAAAUAAGAUGGCCAAGGCCGGUGGUCGGCCGAUGAGUGAGAAGGAAAAGAGCUGGGUUAGUGAGGUCGACAGGCUCUCUGUUUUCCUUGGCGAGACGGAGGAGGGAAAGGAGGGGGAAAAGUCCAGCGAAUUGGCUCGUCGCAUGGAAACUGCCCAAUCUCUCGCGAAGAGCCUCCUCGCAGAGGUAUCUCAGAUUUCUGGAGAGACGACUACAUCUAAUGUACCUUCAACGCCAGGUACCCCUAGCAGCCAUCAACCCAAGAUCCCACAACGGUUACAACGGGCCAAAAUCGCAGACGCCAUGAGCAUGGUGGAGCGAGAAUCUGCCGUCAUCGAUGCAAUCACGUCGAGGCUGGAGCGACUUACUACGAGCAUCAGCGGCGUGGACUAGGACCAUCCUUUGUAUCUCAUUCUAUCAAGGUUUGGGGAGCUUUUUGUUGUUUGUUUACAUCACUUGUUCCUUAGGAAUCUCUGCCGCGUACUAUUGGAAUCAGUAUAUCAUCUGUCAAAGCUUGAGAGAAAUUCACAUCCGCCUCGUUUUCUUUUCUUUUCUUUUCUUUUCUUUUCUUUUCUUCUCUUUCUUCCUGCCUUUUUCCCUCCUGCACAUGGAGUUCUACCAGGUAUAUGUAACCACAUCGUCUUCAUCCUUUUCAUCUACAUCCUCCAUCUUGUGCCAAGACAGGAAAAUAUAAUGGCCGUUUUGACACAGUAAUUAGGGAUGGCAGUUAUCUUUAUGGAAUGUUUUGAGUGGGAGAGAGAGCGAGUGUAUGUGCGUGUACCUGCGCUUGUGAAAUGAUAUUGAAACAUGCGCUGAAUAUCUAUGCAGGUGUACUCUGCAGAACAGCAGCAGCUCCCCUCAAGAAGAUAUCGGAAAAAUACAAAACAUAUUCCCCUUGGCAGUAAGGUAUUCAAAUUAUCAAAGCAAUGAGGACAAAGGUAGCGACUAUCAAAGGUUAGACGAUACGUGAGAGGUCUGCUGUGAGCUCUCUCCUUAACAGUUUCUUCCCGCAGACACAAAUCAACUUUGCUCAAUCGGAUCGAUUCUGCGACCAAAAACUCCCUUAAAGCAAAGCUCCAACGCACUUCUCUCCCCAUCACCACUCCCCGCAAUCGUAUGAGUCGCCUGAGCCUAACGUGCUACAAAUAGAUAGGGAACAGAAAUCCGAUGGGAAGAAAACAUGGACAAAGAAAGGAGAAAUGGUCACCGCGUUGUGAUUGGCAAGCACAUCUAUGGUGUCAAGCAGUUGAAAUAUGCAAACACGCAAGCGUCUACCAACCCCCUUUCCCGCGAUCGAUGUAUUGUUGUUCUCUGUCGCGUUAAAAGAGAAAGGAAAAAGGAGAUUCAAUGCCAUUCCGCUAAAACCCCCUCCCUUAGAACACCUCAUAUGAUAUCUAGUUCCCUGCCAUUGCCCGACGAAUAUCCUACUCGAAAUGCGCCUUUCAAAACCAACCCCCGAAUCAUGACCAAAUGCCAGACGUUAGCUAUGACGCACGGUUUAUCUGAAGUUAAAGCCCAUGAACAAGAGCUUCAAAACAAAGAUGAAAAGCAGAACGAACAAAGGAAAAAAAAGUAAACUCAUUUCUCCAACCCAAAAAAACAAAGCCUUACGAGAGAACCAAAAGAAAAUCUUCAACAUAACCGCUCCCACUCCCCCUCCAAAUCCACAACCUCCGUAAUCUUGCUCUCCAAAUCCCCAAUAACAACCUCCCACUCCGGCAACUGAAUGCUCUCCAACAUGUCCUCCCACGGCGGUAUCUGCCGGAGAAACCCCUCCCACCAACUCCGAAUCAUCAGCUCCUCCGACUGCGGCAGCCAGACAAACGCACUGGCAAUCAAAUGAUCCAGAUUCCUCUUCGCAUUACACCAAGCCAGAUACGUCACGGUCACAAAGAGAUGCUUCAUUUCUCCAACACGCGUGAUUAAUACCUCAUACUCGCGCUUAUCCGGGUGUAGCUGGACCGCGUGGCAGGGCAGCUUUGCUGUGGGGAGUAAGUUUGGGUUGUUGGGCCCGGGAUACUGGGCUUUCCAUUGGAAGAGGCGGCUGAUGGUGCUUAUGUGUUCGUUAUAGUGUAUGGGGUCUCUUCUGGAGCAGGUGUAGUAGUGGCGCUUGUGAUACACGGCUUGUAUAACCCGGAAAUCAAGGAAGCAUUUGCCCGCUGCCUCAAGGACUAAUUCGAUGGCGCUGGCAAAUCGAGGCGGGACAAUGGGGAAGAGAUGUGUUGGGGACUUGAGCUGUUCUCUGAUGGCGAUACGCAGUUCUUGAAGGUAUACAGCGGCUGGACUUUGCAUGUCUGUAUGUGAGAGGGGUUGGAUUAAGGGCUUUCUGGGGCUUUUCAAGAGAUGUCAGGGGCAAGUGAGAAAGGGUUAGCUGCGUUGGAGGCAUCUGAAAGAGAGGUAUAAGUACCUUCAAGAUGUAAAAAUAGAGAUAUCUCUAUACAUUUCGUGUAUAGAAAAGUGGGAGGUAAAAUAAACGUGUGCUGUGUUAUACCGAUUCUCGAUCAGAGAGGCAUUCAUUCACGGUGGGAACUUGGAGAUGUUUCCGAGCUCAAUUGCUGGUGAAUGAGUGGCAGCAGCCCUUCACAACACAUGAAAUGCAACAACACAAGGAAUGUUAUUGUUGACAAACAGCCAGCAAAAAAAAGGAGGGUGCGGGAUCCAAGUAUGAAAUAUUUUGGACAGUGAAACUUGGGAAAAGAAGGGGAUUUCAUAGGGAUAUCAUAUGGUACGAGAGUAGGCUAGUAGACGGCAGUGAUAUCAUUCUAUUGAAAGAGAAUAUUAGAGACACAGUUAUUCCAUCCAAAUGCAGCUUCUUUCACUUUCCAA